AUGGGUAGAUUAAAACUAAAUAAAAGUAAUACGACAAACCAAGGUAUUUUCGGAGUACCACUCGAAAGAUUAAACCCAAAGUUAAAGAUAAAUGACAUACCUAAUCUAGUACAUCGAUGUUGUAAAUACUUGUCACAAUCUAUACUUCAACUUGAACAACAACAACAACUCAAACAACAACAACAACAACAACAACAUAAACAAGAUAUAGAUAAUAGUAUUAAUAAUAAUAGUCAUAGUGAUGAUGAUAGUAGUAGUAAUGAUAUAGUAAUUGAAGAGAUUGAACAACUAUUUAAAUUAAAUCCAAAUGACUUUAUAGAUAGUAGUAAUAAUAACAAUAAUAAUAAUAAUAAUAAUAAUAAUAAUAAUAAUAAUAAGAAUGAGAAUAAGUUAUUAUUAUCACCAUCAUCAUUGGAUUUAUUAAGAAUAGAUUUCAACUAUUGGUUAUUUGUGUAUAGUCAUAAUGUUAAUCCUAAUGAUACUACAAGUAGUAGUAGUAGUUGUAGUAGUAAUAACAAUAAUAAUAAUAAUAAUAAUGGAAUUGGAUCGGAAUUGGAAGAUUUCAAAGAGAAUAUUACAAGUAAAGAGGUAGUAUGGUUACUAUUAAUCUAUUACUUGCAGUCAAUGUCAGUGUCACUGUUUGAUAGUAUUCAAGAUGACCUAUUCAACAGUGACGCUCAGAUCAUGCCGUUAAUACUGUGCAUGAAUAUGUUGUCACCUCUAGUCCGACCAACCAUAGUCACUCUCCUAUCAUUCUUUAAUCAACUGUACAAAUCAACCAACAAAGCUCAACCACUACAACAAUAUUUAAUUAAUUUACUUGUACCAUACUUUUUCACUACUAACAUCAACAAUAAUAAUAAUUAUAAUUUAUCAACAUCACCUUCUAAUAAUAAUAAUAAUAUGAAUAAUAAUAAUAUUAAUAAUAUAAACUCUGAUAUUAAAAUAACAAAUUGGAGAUUAUUAUUAAAUACAUUCUUAAAGAAUUAUGAAAAGAUAUUCUCUAAUCAAUUACCAAAACAACCAAGAUUGAUUCCAGGUGAAGAUGUUGUAUUUCCAGUUACAAUUGCCAAGUAUUUGGUAUCUACUACUUUAGAUAUGAAUCAACAAUCAAUGUCAUUGUCAUUAUCUUCCUUGUCAUCGUCAUCAUCACCAAUAGUAUUCUCAACAUUAAUGAUGUCAGCAUCAUUGCCAUCGGAUUAUGGGUCUAGUGCAAACAAUUUAUCGUCUGCUGGUAUAUCACCAACUACUGCAUGUGUUAGUAUAUGGGUGACCAACUAUCGUAUCAUCUAUCGAUAUUGGGUCGAUGGUAAACAAGACCGCAUCUUUGAGACUCAAGGUAUCGAAUUGUCCAGUAUUCAAAGUAUCACCAAACAAAAAGGAACACAUCGAUUCAUCAGGGUGACUACUAGGCAUUUCAAAGUUGUCUAUUUUGGGUUCCUCUCCAAACAAGACGAAGAAAUGUUUAUGAAUAUCACCAUUAAAAUGGCAUUCCACAAACCUCUCAAAUCUCUAUUUGCCUUUUCCAACCUUGAAAACAAUCCAAUUGGCAAUAACCUUGUAAAACUAUCAAAAUAUCGUCUCAUAACAACCAUCAAACAUCAUCAACAUUGGGAUCUCUAUAACAAAAUUGAAUAUCAAAAAUUAAAUCUUGAUCCUUUAAUUUGGAGAGUAUCACAAAUUAAUAUAAAGAAUGAUAUAUGUUCAACUUAUCCAAGUUCAUUUAUUAUACCAACCAAUGCAUCUGAUUCAUUGAUUAGAGAGAUAUCACAUUUUAGAAAUAAUAAGAGGUUUCCAGUGGUUACUUGGGUCAAUCCAAACAAUCAAUAUGUAUUCCUGGCGAUAUCGGAUCAACCUAGAAUAGAUUAUUUAUUGGUGACUGCAUCAUCAUUUGGAGAUGACGACGAUGAACCUGCUGGCACUGGUUAUGAUCUUGGUCUAGUCGAUUUGUUACAUCAAACUAGUACAAUGAAAAAAUCUGGUUCUGCUCUUGGAAUGGAUCAAAAUAAUAAUAUUGUUGAUGGUGGUGUAUCAACAACGAAUCAAAAAUACCCAUUAACAAUUUAUGAAACUGGUAGUUUACCAAAAAAAAGUAGUCUUGCCUAUGAAUCAUACUAUCCACAAUGUCGAUUUGUUUAUUUGGGUUUGGAUGGUAUAGACAAGUUAAGAGAUAAUUAUAGCAAGUUGGGUGAACUGUGUAUGACCUGUCUGCCAGUACUAUCCAGUUUUCUUUCAAAUAGUGGUGGUGUCGUUUCAUCGUCGUCAAUGUCAAAUAACAAAACAGAGACAAUCGAUAAACGUCGUUGGAACGAUGAAAUCAACAGAUUGGAUUGGAUGGAUAGUGUCAGAGCGACAAUGAGUGCAGUGAUAAGAGUGGUCCAACACUUUUCACAUGGCAAGUCUGCUAUUGUCACUUCGUCAGAGGGACAUGAUCGCGACGACCUAUUGGUCUCUUCAGUGGUACAGUUAAUGUUGGAUUCAAGCUUACGUACAAUCACAGGAUUCCAAUAUCUAAUCGAUAAGGAAUGGUGUGCAUUUGGUUAUCCUUUUGGAGACCAAUUUAAAAUUGGUAAUAGUAGUAAUGAUGUAUUAUCAUCUUCGUCGUCAUCAUCAUCUACAGGUAGUGGAUCAGGAUCAGGAUCAGGAUUAAAUAGUAGUGGUACACAAAAUGUAAAUGCAACUAUCUUGUCAUCGGUAGGUCAACAACAAUCACCGAUUGGAUCAAGAGCACCAGUUUUAUUCAUUUUAUUUUGUGAUUGUGUCAUUCAACUACUUCACCAAUACCCAACCGAUUUUGAAUUCAAUCAAUCAUUGGUACUAUUUAUUAGUGAGAGUGUGUUUAAUGGCAAAUAUGGUAAUUUUUUAUACAAGAAUCAUAAAGAGGCAGAACAAUUGAAUAUCAGGAAAAAUACUCGGUCCAUUUGGCCUGAUAUUCAUCUCAAUGUAAAUAGAUUUAUUAAUCCACUUUAUAAUUCUUAUUCUACAACUUCAUUGUCAACAAAUCGAUUUAAUUUAAAACAAUUAAUAUUUUGGGGAGAGUUUUAUACAAGAUGGGUAGUAUCAAGUCAUAGAAAUACUGCCAAAAAACUAUUGGAGCUACAAAUGGAGAAUCGUGACAUCAUUGUUCAACAAAAAUCGAUGGACAUUAAUUUAAAUUGUGUAGGUCUUUAUGAUUUACCAGACUCUAUUCUACAUGAAUCAAAAGUGAUUCCAUAUGUUAAAUUUAUAACUUCUAUUCAUUUAUCAAAUAAUAAUUUAACUUCACUUCCAUCUGUUUUAUUAAAAUUUCAAAAUUUAAAAGAAUUAAUUAUUGAUAAUAAUUUAAUUAAUCAUUUACCUGGAAUGUUUUUAAUAUUAUUACAUGAUAAGAUUAAAGGUCUUGAACAUAUUAGUAUAGCUCAAAAUCACUUGACAGUGAUACCACGUGAAAUUGGUCAAUUCACUUCAUUGAGGAAAUUGAAUCUAAUGGAUAAUCGAAUCGAAGAGAUAUCACCACAUCUCUCAAAAUUGGAUAAUCUCUUGUAUUUGGAUCUCAGCAGAAACCAACUAAAAGAGUUUACCAUGGAAUUGAUUAAUCUUCAUUCAUUGACCGAUCUUAGAUUUGCUGGUAAUCGAAUUCAAACUCUACCAAGUCUAUUAUCAGAGUUGGUUAAUUUAAAAAACCUUGAUCUUCGUGAUAACUUAAUCUCAAAGAUUCCUCAUUCCCUAGAAUCACUAAAACAACUUAAAAAAUUAAAUCUUUUAUCAAAUAAUAUUAAUAAUUUAAUACCAUUAUGUAAUAUUGUAUCACUUGAAGAAUUAAUCGUUGAUCAUAAUGUAUUGGUAGAGAUUCCAUUGUCGAUUGGUAAAUUGGUUAAUCUUCAUCACUUGUCAUUACAACAUAACAAGAUUCAAGUGAUUCCAGAAGAGGUGAUGAGUUUAACGUCUUUGGUGACUCUUAAAUUAUCGCAUAAUCAAAUAUCAUGGAUCCCUCCUUCAGUAUCAUCAUUGGAAAUGUUGGAGAAUUUGUCGAUUGGACAUAACUUACUCGAUUCACUUCCACAAUCGCUGGCAAUGAUGAAGAAUAUACAGAAAUUACAGAUUCAAGGUAACAACUUGAAACAACUACCCAAGGAAUUAGAGUUACACGAUGUCAAGGGUAUUCUAAACUACCUCAAGGAACAUAUUGAAGGUAUACAACCUUGUAACAAGGUUAAAUUAAUAUUCUUGGGUCAUCAACAACAAUCUAGUCAAUUACAACAACAACCAGCAACAUCAUCUACUGGGUCGUUGUCACCUCAAUUACAUCUAUCUGGUGAUCAACAACAACAACAACCAAUACAACAAACAUUAGUACCACAACAACAACAACAAAUAUCAACAACACGAGAUACUAUAUCAUCACCAGUAUCUCCAUUUGGUAUUUUGUCAUUCCUUUCUAGAGAUUCUAAUCAGAAUAAUGCCAAUAAUAACAGUUUAUUCCAUCAAUUGUUUGGUCAACAAUUAUCCAAACAACAACAAAAAACAAAUCAAUCAUUGUCGACAAAGGCAGUUGGUAUAGAGACACACUCUAUAUCACUCCAAAUCAACUGUACCAACAAUGAAAAUGCCGAUCCUACCACCAUACAAUUGGAUUGCUGGGAGUUUGACGCCAAGGAGGCACUAUGGGCCUACCAACCAAUGUUUUUCACCGAUAAAACAAUCUAUGUCAUUCAGUUUCACUUUAAUGCAUUGGAAGAGAACUGUACAGUACUAAACAACUACCUCAAUGGAAUAUCUCACAAAUACUCGAAUCUAAAGAUAUUUGUGAUUGGAAUAUUGCCAGAUGGCGGUGGAGUGUCAGACCAAACGAUUCACUCGUGGCUAGCCAAUUGGAAAUCACUCAACAAACAUACUGCAUUCAUAAACUUGAAGAUGGAAUUUAUGUUUUUGAAUAUUGGUGAAGAGGAAGAUAUCGAUUCAUUGAAGGAAAAGAUUGUCAAGGCGAUUGCUGAUAGUGCGACAACACCAUCGUCGAGGAAACCAACGAUGGUCAAUGAAAUGGUGCCAUCGCCAUUUGUAUUGUUGGCAGAUUACGUAGUUGAAAGAAGUUCGCAGCGACCGAUUGUUGAAAGAGAAGAGUUGGUUGAUAUGGCCGCCAUCUUUAAUAUAAAGGGUCGUGCUAGAAUCGGAAAUGUUAUUCGGUACUUGGAAACAACCGGUACGAUCAUUCAACACGGUGGUGACUAUCAAUUGGGUGAUUUGAUCAUCAUCAAGCCGCAAUGGAUCAUUCAGACAUUCACCAAUGUCAUCUUGUCGAUGGUACCAACGGGCAUUGGUUGGUCGUCCAGCUCGGGUAUUGUCGGACGUUCAUUACUCCAGUCUGUCAUUGAGUCGUCCAACCAAUACUUUAACUACAAGCAAAUGAGCGAUGUAUCGGUCGAGCGAAUGCUCUCUAUAUUCUACCGAUUCGAUAUAGUGUCGCUCUUUCAACCUCUUAUCGGUCCCUACCUUUCACUCAAAGACGAUCAAUUCAAAAUACGAAUUGGCAAUAACUAUCAUAGUGGAAAUCAACAACAACAGAGUUUAGUCAACGCCGAUCCAUCCUCUUCACAAUUCAACUGUAAGAAAUGGUUGUUUGAUUAUUUAAUGGAAUAUAAUUAUAUAUUCUUUAGACAAGCAGAUGAUAAUAAUAGGGAUAGUCUUGGUGGUGUUCAACAACAACAACAAGACAAUAACAAUACCAAUGGAAUCAUUUUAAUUGAAAGAUCGAUUCAAUUUAAUUAUUCAUUGCCCUCGACUAUCAUCACAAUCAUCAAGAGUAGAACAAGUCAAGUUGCCAAAGUUGAACAAGACAAUAGAUUGGGUGCACUCUAUCUAUCAUUACAAGACCAUUUAGAGAAUAGUAUUUCAUCUAGAUCUCAAACUGUUCUUUUAAAUAAUAAUAAUAAUAAUAAUACUAAUAAUAAUAAUAAUAAUGGAAAUUUGGUUAGAUUAUUAAUUGAACAAGUAUCAGAAUCUAGAAUUUAUUUAUCAGUUGUUGGACCAUCACAACGUAUUUAUUCGAUUCAAGAUUUGGUUGAAAAGGCAAUUAAUAUUAUUGAAUCGGUUGCAUCAUUGUUAUUGGCUAAUAACAAAUACAAGGUAUUGGUUCCAUGUAUAUGUUGCAGACAAUCCGAUUAUGAUUCAUACCAAUCAUCUAGAUUACGUAGUCCUAGUUUAAUCGAAAAGUUAACGUCGAGCAAACAACAACAACAACAGAGCAAUAGAUCAUCAUCAUUAAUCAAUCCAAAACUAUUUGACAAUCAUUCAAGUGUGUCUGUCAAUUCAUUGGUCAUCGAUGAUUGUGGUUACUUUUUAUUAGAGAUUAUCGAAUUGGCCUUUCUCAAUGAUAUUAGAGAGUUUAAGUGUCCGUCGACCAAAGGAAUACAAACAACUUCGAUUCCCGUUAAAUGGUUGUCACCGGACAUUUCAAUGUCAUAUUUACCAACCCCGGGUGUUGGUACUUCCAAUAUUCUCCAACACUCUUCGCUCAUCUAUGAAAAGGAACUUGGUAGAGGUGGGUUUGGUGUCGUUUACAAAGGUAAAUAUGGUCAAGAAACUGUUGCUAUCAAGAAGUUGAUCAUCCCUGAAAGAGAAAAUCAAAGUGCCGACGAUCAACAACAACAAUUGGAAUUGCUAGAUUCAACGGUCACUCUAGAUGUUGUUGUUUCAUCAACUCCAUCCAGCAGUAGUAGUCCUCCAAACACCAAUCAUUCAUUGAUGAACCGUAAUCGUAGUAGUAGCAAGAUAGUCACUGUUGACAUGCUCAGUCCACAAGACAACUUGGAUAUCAUUCAAUGUUUUAGAGAUUUUAGAAGAGAAAGCUAUGUAUUGGGACAUUUACAAUCUAAACCACGUGUAUUAAGACUGGUAGGAUUGGUUUUGUUCCCAUUAUGCUUGGUGACAGAGUUUGUUGCCAAUGGUGACUUGGAACAGUUUUUGGCAUCGAAUAGACCAUUGCCAAUCCCCAUCUGUUUGGCUCUUUCAUUAGACAUUACAUGUGGAAUGAUAGAAAUGCAUCAUCGUAACAGUCCACCACUCCACCACAAUGAUUUGAAACCUCCCAACAUCCUCCUUCAACAAAUACCAACCAUUCAAUCAUCAGAUCAAUAUCUUUUAGAUUUAAUACAAUCUUUACAAAAGAAGCAACCAACGACAUCCUCUUCUUCAUCUUCAUCUUCAUCAUCAUUAUCAUUGUCAAAGUUGAAUUAUAUUGAUCAAAAUAAUAUCAAUGCAUUUACAGUGAUUGGUGAUUUGGGAACUGUUAGAGACUCUUAUUCAUCUAGAAUUGAAGGUAGACUAGUUGAUAAUCCAAUCUAUUUGGCACCAGAGAUUAUGAAGGGACAAUGGCACAAUCAACAGAUAGAUGUCUAUGGAUUCGGUGUCAUGUUGUGGGAGAUGCUCUCCAACACUGGUGGAUUCUUUUCAGAGAUUAGUUUUUUGGGUGGUAUCGAAGAGACGGUUUGUAAAGGUAAUCGUCCACCUCUUUCUCAAGAUCCAUUAAAUACACCAUUUAAAAAACUCAUUGCACUAUGUUGGAGUCAAGAUAUUACACGUCGUCCUAGUUUUCUUCAAAUCAAAGAUCAUUUGGUUGAAAUUACCAAACAAUAUUUAGUUUCAAACAAAUUGGCUCCAAAUACAAUUCUAAAUCAAAAUAAUCAAAAUAGAAAUAUGACAAUUAUUAAUAAUAAUCAAAUGACAAAUGAUGAUAAUCAAUCUUCUUCCAACUCUUUCAACUCUAUCAAUAAUAAUAAUAAUAAUGAAGACAACAACAAUAAUAUAGAUAAUAUUGACAAUGAGAUGAAUAUUACAUCAGUUGGUAGUAUUAGAAAUGGAUGGUUGGAUGCAUUAAUGUCAUCUUCACAACAAAAAUUAAGAACUACUCAAUACUUGAAGAGUCAUAUUGAAAAUAACUAG